ACUACAUGAUCAAGAUGACCCCCCAGAAACAGCCUCAAUAUAAAGCCAUCAUCUUCGAUCUAGGAGGUGUACUGUUCACAUGGGAACCAUCAAAAGAUAUCUUAAUAACCCCUAUACUUCUGCAGAGCAUACUCUCUUCACAAAUCUGGCAUGACUAUAAACGAGGAACCCUAACCCAAGAAGAUUGUUACCAAGCAUUAGCCACUCAAUUCAGCAUUGACGUGUCAGAAAUUGCCCUGACCUUCAAUCAACCUCGCCAAAGCCUUACCACCAAUCUCGCCGGCAUGACCCUCAUAUUGGAAAUGAACACUAUCGUUCCCAAAAUCGCAGUGUAUGCCAUAUCCAAACCAGACGAUGCAGUCCUCCUGCAGACCAAUCCGAAGGCAUGCAUUUUCGACCGUAUAUUCCCAUCCGGACUACACAGCGCACGCAAACCACAACUAGGCUUCUAUCAAAAAGUCCUAGAUGAGGUGAGAAUUCCACCUGAGCAAAUCAUCUUCAUCGACAAUCAGCUAGGCAACAUCAUAUCUGCCCAGUCAAUCGGCAUGCACAGUAUCCUCUACACGCAACCCUCACUCCUCAGCCAGAAUCUCAAAAACUCGAUUCUAGACCCCGUACAAAGAGGAAUGGAAUAUCUCCGUCGCCAUGCAAAAGCCCUCCAUAGCACGGUAGAUGAUGGUCAAGUCGUUCUGGAGAAUUUCUCGCAACUUUUGAUUCUCGAGGCUACGGGUGAUGAAACGCUCAUCUCCCUCAAACACCACGAAUCAACCUGGAACUUCUUCCAAGGCCCACCCACCUUCACAACCUCCACCUUCCCCGACGACGUCGACACCACCUCCCUAGCAUGGCUUAUCCUCCCCGCCCCGAAACCAAUGAUAUCUGCCCUGCUCGACAGAAUCACCACAUCCCUAGUAAACGAAGAUGGCAUCGUCACGACAUACUUCACCCCCCACCGCCCCCGAACCGACCCCGUCGUCUGCACCAACGUCCUCCGCCUCCUCCACAAAUACAACUACAAUUACAACACCACCCUCCCCUCCACAUUGCACUACAUCCACACCACCCUCCACCAUCGAACCUACCUCCACGGAACAAGAUACUACCCCACCCCCGAAAGCUUCCUCUACGCCGUGAGCCAGUUAUGUGCUCAGGACCCGUCUCUCACCUCUUUGAAAGAAGUCCUAGUGGAGAGACUCCAAGAAAGGAUGAAUGUAGAAGUAGAUGCCCUCGCGCUCGGGAUGCGUAUCUUGGCGUGUUUGAGUAUGGGGUUUACGCGGGGUGAGGUCGAGGGGGAAGUGGAGGAGUUGGUGUUGAGGCAGUGCGAGGAUGGAUCUUGGCCUGCGGGGUUGUUUUGUCGGUUUGGGGUGUCGGGCGUGGGCAUGUGGAAUCGGGGGUUGGGGACUGCGGUUGGGGUUAGGGUUUUGAGGGUUUAUAGUGUCUAG